CAAGUCAUUCCAUAGGAAAUCAGUGUUCUGUGAAAAACAGUGAUAAAACAGCUGUCCCAUGGAACGAAGCCUUCGUAACAAAAGUUAAUCCCUUUUCAUUUAUUUUCAACGGUCAUUUUGAAUGUUUAUUUACAUGUUUUGUGAUAUUGUCUGGUAUUCAACAGACUGUUCUGUUUAUGAAUUGUGUACAAUGGCCAUAAAGUGCACCACAUAUGGUAUCACGGUUUUAUCGUUCGCCCUGGGAGCUACGACUUUAGGAAUGCUGGCGUUAGCAGUUAGUACAGAUUCUUGGCUGUAUAUGUCCGAACCGGUCAUUAUUGCACCGGAAGUGAGGGAGUUAUAUAACAUAACACAGAACUUUGUUGUAGAAGUCAGAUCGGGAUUAUGGAGGGUGUGUACUAUAAAUAUCGCUGAUGGUCAGGAGCCUGAUCAUUGUAUGGCCAUAGAUUAUACACAGGAAGGAAAUGGACGUUUAGAGGGCGCUCCAACAUGUAUGACUAUUGUAGGAGCGAUUCGUGUUGCUGCACCGUUACCAGUGAGUGCUUUAAUACUAUGUAUGGUCGCUGUUAUUCUUCAUUCUAUUGGAAGUAUCCAUGGUGACCGGAAAACAUUAAUAGCAGCAUCAUUAUAUAUAUUAUCAGGUUUAUCUCUAGCAGUGGGGAUAGUGCUAUACAUCUCCGCCAUUAACGACGAAGUCGGUUAUAGAUCCAGUAAAAGAGCGGAACAAACUUUUGUGUAUAAUUACGGUUGGUCGUUCUACACGGCAGGAAUCGCUUUCAUUACCUCGGAAAUGGCAGCCGUUGUUUGUGUCACUUUAUUUCUCCAAAGACAUAUGAAGAUUGACGACUUAGAAAAACUGGUGCCUGGUUUACAUCUAAAAAUACGAACAAGACGUUUCUCGAGAAGGAAUUAUUAUUCCGAUUGUCACCAAACAUUGAUUAUAUGAUCAGCUAAAGACAAAUAAAAACACAAACAAACAGAGCUAGUAAAUCCGUUCACGAUUUUACCACCAAAAAGCUGGAAUUGAUUCAUGAUGAUUUUUAGCUAAAUGUGAUUUUAAUAUCCUUAAUGCCUCAAGUGCUUUAUAUUUAAUGUAGUAAUGACAUGUGCUAAAUCAGAAAAAAGGGACCGAGUAAUGCGUUGGAAUCGUGUUUGUAUUUCAUCGAGAUGACUAAAUUGGGCUAUUGUUGGAGGAUGCAUUGCACAAUAUUUAGUUUCGUAUUUUAUUUUUUCAGAUUGAUUUUGUCAUUAGUUUAUGUGGCGACAGGUGUUCACGACGGUCUUUUUAAUGAGAUCGUGCUUUACCCGGAAGUAAUUAUGAUGCUGGGAAUUGAUUUAAGCCAUUAGUCAUUCCAAAAACUAUAGCUUACUUCGUGGUGCGAUCAUAUUAUUGUCGUAGCUUCUGAUAUAGAUAGGCCCACGACGAAAUACGCGUAUCGUAUAACUGACAGGAUCUCGAGAAUGGCAGAAUGAAAUUACACAGUGUCAUAAUCGGUAACCAGUCACUGAUCUCUGGUCAAACGCCGGCUGUAACAUAUGGUGUAAGUAUCAUCAUCGGUAGCCAGUUACCGAUGCAUGAUCGAACGCUGUCUGAAACAAAUGGUGAGUGUCAUCAUCGGUAACCACUCACAGAUGCCUGCUUGUAACCAAUGAUGUAGUAUGAUUAUCGAUAACAAAGGACGAGUGUCCAGUCGAACGCUACCUGUAACAAAUGGUGUCAUAUUAUCAUCGAUAGCCAUUCGCCGAUGCCUGGUCGAACGCUGCCUAUAACAAAUGAUGUCGAAUCAUCAUCGGUAACAAAGGACGAGUUUCCAGUCGAACGCUGCCUGAAACACAUAGUAUCGUAUCA